CUCCUUCGGCGCUGGGCGCGCGGCGAGAUGCGGAGGUACUGUGCGCGCCCUGCCGCGGCUGCUUAGGGCGCCCGGGACUGCGCUCCGGCAUGGAUUCGGCGGCGCUCCUGAGCUUCGGGCCGCUGCUGCUGCUGGGCUUUGCCAUUUUCGAUUGUGUGACUGGCAAUGGCAAUGGAACCGCUGAACAGGAAACAAAGAGGCUGUCCUGCGGCUACCCGAAUGGAAAUUGCACAGGCGGCACCACAGGACUGAGGUGGAGAGGGCAUUUUUCGAAAUGCCCUGAGGAGUAUAAACACUACUGUAUCAAGGGAAGAUGCCGUUACGUUGCAGUAGAACAGAUACCGGCAUGCAUCUGCGAGAAAGGCUACACUGGCGCAAGGUGUGAGAGGUUGGAUCUGUUUUAUUUGAGAGGGGAUGAAGGUCAGAUUGUGGUGAUUUCUUUGAUAGCUGUGAUGGUGGCGCUCAUCGUCUUGACUGCAUGUAUAUGCACCUGCGCUCAUUACUGUAAAAAAAGACGCCGGAAGAGGAGAGAGGAAGAAAUGAUGGCAUUUGAGAAGAGGCUGCCUGUUAAAACAGAAGAUAUUCUAGAGACCGACAUCGCAUGAAGGUUGUCAAAAGGUGCUUGCAGGCAGGUUCCAUACUUUCCAGUGCCCGUUUCAUCUUGACGGAAUCCAUGAGGGCUAGUGACUUGAAAACCAAUGUGGCUAAAUGGGUGCAGGUGUAAUAAUUGCUGUGCGUUUGUGACUUUAUUCUGCG